AUGCCAAGAAACGUUAUACAACCGAACAAGGAAAAGACUGUGGACUAUUCGUCGACAGAAUAUCUUCCAAACGAGUUAGAAUCUCCAUCAUUCAACCUCGAUGCAACUGAGGAAUCUAGAUCUGGUCUAGUUCACAGAUUCGUCGACUCAUUCAAGAGGGCUCAAGAUUCUACAGAAAAUGAUCUCGAAGAUGGGACGAAACCAUUAGGUGAUGCUUCACAUUUAAAGAAGGCCAUGAAGUCAAGACAUGUCAUCAUGAUGUGUGUUGGUACCGGUAUCGGUACGGGUCUUCUAGUGGCUAAUGCUUCAGGGCUAUCCUACGGGGGGCCCGGUUCAUUAGUUAUUGGUUAUGUAUUGGUUUCCUUUGUUACUUAUUUCAUGAUUCAAGCCGCAGGUGAAAUGGCCGUCGCAUACCCUACAUUACCGGGAAAUUUCAAUUCUUAUACAUCAAUGUUCAUUUCUAAACCAUUCGGUUUCGCUACAGUAUGGUUAUUUUUCAUCCAAUGGUUAACUGUGUUCCCAUUAGAAUUGAUCACCGCAUCAUUAACUAUCAAAUACUGGAAUGAUAAAAUCAAUGCUGAUGUAUUCAUUGUCAUCUUCUACGUGUUCUUAUUAUUUAUUCAUUUCUUUGGUGUCAAAGCUUACGGUGAAGCUGAAUUUAUCUUCAAUUCAUGUAAAGUUCUGAUGAUUGCUGGGUUUAUCAUAUUAUCAAUCGUAAUCAACUGUGGUGGUGCAGGUAAAGAUGGUUAUAUUGGUGCAAAAUAUUGGAGAGAUCCAGGUUCUUUUGCUGAAGGUGAUUCCGUGGAAAAAUUUAAAGGUAUUUGUUACAUCUUAGUCACCGCAUAUUUCUCCUAUGGUGGUGCUGAAUUAUUCUCAUUAUCUGUCAAUGAACAAGAGAAUCCAAGAAAAUCUACCCCUCAAGCUGCCAAACAAAGUAUAUACCGUAUCUUAAUCAUUUAUUUGUUGACAAUGAUUUUAAUUGGGUUUAACGUCCCUCAUAAUAACGAUCAACUAAUGGGGUCGGGUGGAUCCGCAACACAUGCAUCCCCAUACGUCCUGGCCGCAUCAAUUCAUGGUGUUAAAGUGGUUCCUCAUUUUAUCAAUGCUGUCAUUUUGAUCUCUGUUAUUUCUGUCGCAAAUUCAGCUCUUUAUGCAUCUCCAAGAUUGAUGUGUUCCCUUGCUGAACAAGGUUAUGCUCCAAAAUUCUUAGAUUAUGUUGACAGAGAAGGUAGACCAUUACGUGCUCUAAUACUUUGUGCUGUUUUUGGUGUCAUUGGGUUUGUCUCUGCAUCAUCCAAGGAGGAAGAAGUCUUCACUUGGUUAGCUGCCAUUGCAGGGUUAAGUGAACUUUUCACUUGGUCAGGAAUUAUGCUUUCUCACGUCCGUUUUAGACAAUGUAUGAAACUACAUGGUAGAUCCGAGGAAGAAAUUGGUUUCAGAGCUGUUACUGGUAUCUGGGGGUCAAUGUACGGGAUCUCCUUUAACAUGCUGGUGUUCAUUGCCCAAUUUUGGGUCGCUCUUGCCCCACCAAGUCUUCAUGGUAAAGUAGAUGCUGAGUCAUUCUUCCAAAGUUACUUAGCUGCACCAAUUUGGCUAUUCUUUUACUUCGGCUACAUGCUUUAUAAGAGAGAUUUCACAUUUUUAGUCCCACUGGAUAAAAUUGACCUAAAUUUCCACAGAAGAAUCUAUGAUCCUGAACUGAUAAGACAGGAAGAUGAAGAAAAUAAGGAAAAAAUCAAAAAUUCCUCUGUGUGGGUUAGAAUGUUCCAUUUCUGGUGCUAA